AACGUAAGGUGAUCCCCGAUAUGCAAGGAUAUCCUUUAAAAAUCAGUGCCGGCAAUAAUCCUCCACGAGCCUUUGUCUAUCCGAAUCAAAACAAUGAAAUGAUCUAUAGUGGCAUUGUACCACGUUUAAUUAAAAUUUUUGCCCGGCAUUUCAAUUUCACCUUGCAAUGGAUGCUUGUGCCCAACUACCAAAGCUCCUCGCUGAGAGAUUGUAUGGCAUUUUUACUUGAAAAUAAAAUCGAUUUAUGCGGGGAUUUCAUGCAUUUCAAUGAUAAGUUGUAUGCCAUUGCAGCUCCGGUUUUUAUAAAUUAUGGCUACAUUCAAGUGCCUUUCUCCCAAACCAUACCGAAAUACCAAUAUUUUCUUCAACCUUUUGAAAACUCACUGUGGUAUAGUAUCUGCAUAUUAUUGGCCGUCCAUACCCUGGUCCUAUCAUUAAUUCAUCGCUACAAAUCGAAUUUCUGGAGUUUGGGAAAGUUUUUCCUAUUGUCCUUGCAGAGCAUACUCUUUGUGUCAACCUACAACCUACCGCCGUGGCGAGGACAUUUAAAAUACUUCCUGUAUCUUCUUCUCACACUGACCGGCUUCAUUAUCUCAACCUUGUAUGUGACAUUCCUAUCCAGCAUUCUAACCACAAAUGUCUAUGAACCACAAAUCGACAGCGUGGAGGAAUUAAAACAGCGAAAAAUACCCAUCCUAACAAAUGACCUAGACAUCGAGGUCUUGAAAUAUUUCGAUUCCCUUGAUAAAAUAUCCGGUAAUUAUCUCAAUGUCGACAUAACCACCUACGGCAAACAUCGCUCCCGUCUAAAUCCCCAAUAUGCCUACAUCACGUUCGAGGAUAAAUGUGAUUUUUAUUUAUAUCAACAGAAAUUCCUGCAACGUCCUCGACUACGUCUCAUGACGAAGCCAUCAAUUGCCCUGUGGGCCAAUAUUCCAAUGCAUCACAAUUGGCCAUUUUUGGAUUUAAUGCAUCGUUAUAUGUUGCGCAUAUUCGAGACUGGUUUGCUGACACACAUACAGGAACUCACCAAAGAGGAAGGCAUCGUGCUGGGACACAUUCGAUUUUUGAAAACUUCCAAUUUGGAUUCAUUGCCGUUGGAUAUUCAUUAUUUCGAAAUGCCAGCAAUUUUGUUGGGAAUCGGCUACUGCAGUGCUUUGUUGUGUUUCAUUGGAGAAGCUCUCAUAAAGUUGAGUGACCGAUUCGUUUACACAGGGGCGACGGCUCGUUGCUUCGAAGGUGUUCUGGCUCGAUGUUCCUUAGGAGAUUCGGCUGGCUGUUCCGCAGGAGUUCCGGAUCGCUGUUUCGGAGGGGCUUCGGCUAUUUGUACUGUACCGUAG